UGAAGCUACAGCUGCUCCCUCCUAGAAUCCCCAAUGGAUUUCAACAACAGAAUCUUCCACAGAAGCCUGAGCUCCUCAUCACAGGGCCCUGCACUCAGCAUAUAUAGGAAGGGGAGCACACCUAGCGUGUAUGGUGGGGCUGGAGGCCACGGCACCCGCAUCUCAACCUCCAGACACAUGGUGAACUAUGGGAGCGAUCUCGCCGCGGGGAUCCUGUGUGCUGGCAAUGAGAAGAUGACCAUGCAGAGCCUAAACGACCGCCUAGCAAGCUACCUAGAGAAAGUGCGGUCCCUGGAGCAGUCCAACUCCAAACUUGAACUACAGAUCAAGCAUUGGUAUGAAGCCAACACCCCUGGCACCAGUCGGGACCACAGUGCAUACUGGAAACAAAUCCAAGAGCUGCAAAAUCAGAUUAAAGAUGCUCAGCUACAAAAUGCUCGAUGUGUCCUGCAAAUUGAUAACGCUAAACUGGCUGUCGAGGACUUCAGGCUGAAGUUUGAGGCCGAGAGACAGCUACGCCUCGCCGUGGAGGCUGACCUCCAAGGCCUGCAUAAGGUCUUUGAUGAGUUAAACCUGAGGAAGACAGACUUGGAGAUUCAAAUUGAAGAGCUAAAUAAAGACCGGCAUCUCCUCCAAAAAGAACAUGAGGAGGAAGUGAAGAGCCUCCGCGCUCAUCUGGGCAAGAACGUAAAUGUAGAGGUGGACGCUGCUCCAGGCCUGAACCUCGGCGCCAUCAUGAAUGAAAUGAGGCAGAAACAUGAAGCCAUGGCCCAGGAGAACCUUCAGAAGGCCAAAGAACAGUAUGAGCUACAGAGUGAAACCCUCCAACAACAAGUCACACUGAGCACUGAAGAGCUAAAAGGAGCCAAGGAUGAAGCAAAGCAGCUGAGAAACAGCUGCCAGAGCCUGGAUAUAGAGCUCCAGUCCCAACACAACAUGAAAGACGCUUUGGAGCAUACACUAGAGGAGACCACCGCUCGUUAUAGCAGCCUUUUGGCCAACAUCCAGAGACAGCUAAACUUCCUUGAAGACCAACUGGUGCAGAUUCAGAUGGAUACAGAACGUCAGAGCAACGAAUACAAUAUUCUCCUCAAUAUAAAGACCCGGCUUGAGCAGGAAAUUGCUACCUACCGUCGCCUUCUGGAAGGAGAAGAUGUAAAUACAGACUACCUGUUAAGUACCCUGGAGGAGGGAGAUAUAAAGAAAACCAGGAAGAUUAAAACAGUCGUGCAGGAAGUAGUGGACGGCAAGGUUGUGUCAUCCGAAGUCAGAGAAGUGGAAGAAGUUAUGUAAACAGCCGCCAGAAGGUGAUGCUGCUGAGGUUUUGAAAGAAAUGUAGCUAUAAAUUUUGCUCCCAACAAGAAGGCAGCAUCAGAGAGUAUCAUGAAUGUUUUGUAGUGAUCAGAAGAGGGGGGACAGUCCAUUUAUCAGUCUUCGUAAUUGAAUAUAAAUGUUUUACUCAGAGGAGCUGCAAAUUGCCUGCAAAAAUGAAAUCCAAUGAGCACUAGGAUAUUUAAAAUAUCAUUACUGCCAUCUUUACCACAAAAUGCAUUAAUCACAAGUUUCACACCACCUAAUAUCAAUUCGUUAAUGUUCCCAAACAUUACAGCAUAUUUCAAUUAUACUAAACUGCUAUACAGACCAGAGGAGUGUAUGCAAACUGCAAAUGAACCUCUCUCUAACUCCUCUUGUUUCUGGAUUGCAAAAUCUCCUUUCAGGGGUCCCUGGAUUCUUGAGUCAAUUUCCUGGUUAAUUUCAUUAAAUUUUCAAUAUCAGUAUAAUUCUACUUGCCUUAAGAGAUAUCUGCUUUUUGCCCUCAUUGUCUCCACUGCCUUUAAAAGUCAGAUCAGCUCUUUGAAUAAUUUGAGAGUCAAAUUCCAAUCAUAAAUGCUGAGCAGAAUAAGAAUGAAGUACAUUAUGCUUGAAAUGGGAGUAGAUCAAAAACAAAAUCAGCCAAACCCUUCUCAAGGCAGAAUGCUGCAA